AUGUUACUGCAAACACUGGUGAUGCCCUUAAGCCAAUUGCUACGGCUUAUAGUUGUCCAAUACUUUGCUACAUUUUCAACCAUACUGAUUGUGUACAAUAAUUCUGGAACUACAACUUCGUUGCAAUUGGAUUAUUUGAGGGCUUUGGAAGUAGCUCUUUGGGAUUUACCUAAACCUGUGGGUCUGCAGUGGAUUAAUGUGGCUAAAUUGAAUGAUCUGGAAGAGUUGGAGUGGCAAGUUAUGGCUGCUGUUAAUAGUAGCGUUACAGAGGGUUUCAUAACCAUCUUAUCAGAAACGAAUCAAUUUCUGCAUGCUCGAUAUUAUGCCACUCGCAGUGCCAAUGUUCGGCUCAAGGAUAAGCUCUAUUUGUUCCUUUGCGAGGACGAAAGCCCUGCGGAAUUGCUGGGCAUGGAUGUACUGCAGUUCUAUCCCCACCAUCUGAUGGUGCGACCUGGAACCGAGACGGAAGCUGAAACAGGAGCAGAACCAAAAACAGGACCCACGACAGACCCCAGGCGUAAGGGAGGCGCAUCGGUAAACAUGGGAAACAAGGACCAUGAGGAGGGACUACGACAGGGAUUGGACACAGGAGGAGCAAGAGGUGGACCGGGGGCCACUUCAUCCCGCCGCGACAUCAAUUUCGAGCUGUGGACACAAAAGUUUGUCGGUGCCUUUGGUAAUUUGGAUGCCGUGCGCCUGAACGCAUUCUUGCCGAACGAAACUUUUGCCCAGCAGCGGGUCGAACUUUAUCCCAACAAGCUGCUCAAUCUGGAGAGCCGCAGCCUGCUCGUUGGCUCCAUUACUUAUGUCCCAUAUACGAUUACUAAUUAUGUGCCCGCUGGCGAGGGUGAUGUGGAUCCCAUUGAACCACAAAAAUCCGACCGCUCGAUCACCUUCGAUGGUGCCGAGGCGAAUGUGAUGAAAACUUUCUGUCAGGUUCACAAUUGUCAUCUCAGAGUGCAGGCCUAUGGUGCCGACAAUUGGGGUGGCAUCUAUGAGAACGAGUCCAGCGAUGGAAUGUUGGGCGAUAUCUAUGAGCAGCGUGUGGAGUUGGCCAUUGGUUGCAUCUACAAUUGGUAUGAUGGCAUCACAGAGACCUCGGUAACCAUAGCUCGUUCCUCGGUGACCAUUUUGGGACCAGCACCAGCACCCUUGCCCAGUUGGCGCACUAAUAUCUUACCCCUGAAUGACCACACAUGGCUGUUGCUGAUCUUUACCAUGGCAAUUUGUGGCACAUUCCUUUACAUAAUGCAAUUCUUUAGCUAUCGUUUGGGUCUGGGAAGUAAGACAGGUGUAUUUAAUCAUGGCAAGAAGCUAGAGAAAUCUAUGCUGGAUAUAUUUGCUCUUUUUAUACAGCAGCCAUCGGCUCCCCUGGGUUUCGAUCGCUUUGCUCCACGUUUCUUUCUGGCUACACUUUUGUGUGCCACGAUUACUCUGGAGAAUAUAUACAGUGGCCAAUUGAAGUCCUUGCUGACUAUACCCUUCUACAGUGCUCCUGUGGACACCUUGGAAAAGUGGGCUCAGGCACAGUGGAAAUGGGCAGCUCCCUCUAUAAUUUGGGUACACACAGUGCAGAACUCUGAUCUGGUCACAGAACAGAUUCUGGCCCAGAGUUUUGAGGUCCAUGACUAUAGUUAUUUGGCCAAUGCUAGUUUCAUGCCCAACUAUGGACUUGGCAUAGAGCGGCUGUCAUCCGGAUCACUUUCCGUUGGUGAAUAUGUGUCAACGGAGGCUUUGGACAAUCGAAUUGUUUUACACGAUGAUUUAUACUUUGAUUAUACGCGAGCAGUGUCCAUAAGGGGUUGGCCUUUGAUGAGAGAGUUGAACAAACACAUUCGAACUUGCCAGGAGACGGGUCUCUAUGUGCACUGGGAGUUGCAGUUUAUUGUCAAGUAUAUGGAUAAGAAGAAACAGGAAGUUCUUAAAGACCUGGCGAAUGGACACAAGGCCAAGGGAGCUCCUCAGGUUCUGGAUGUGCACAACAUAGCCGGUGCUCUGUUCGUACUGGCCUUUGGCUUCACAUUUGCCGGCUUUGCCCUGGUGAUGGAGUUGCUGAUCCAUAGUGUGGAAAUGGGCAAAUAA